ACCACGGCACCUCGAGCACAGCCCCAUCCAUACCUUACCUAAACCACCGGUUCGCACCAGCUCUCCCGAGGGAAGUCAAAAAAAAAUCCUUCCCAAGACCAAAAGUAUUAAAGGACGAUCCUUUGCCCCGCGAAAGCUCCCCCUGCUGAACUUGCACGGAUAUCACUGUUCCAAAGCAGUGACAGCAGUGGCCAGUCGUUACAUACAAGAGUGCUGGUGUAACUGUGCGCGAGGAGUGACUUCCUGCUGUUAACGCUCCCCCCCCCCCGGCGUACAGGUGUACAACAGCGAAAGCUCGGCGAUCGAUGGGAAAAAAGCUCAUCGGUGCCAAAUGCUUAUAAUUUCGAGCUGAUGGGUCGUGUACAGCUGUCGAGGCGCAACAUAGAAAUACGACCGUGUAUGGUUGAAGGCCCAGAAGUAUAAGAGAGAAGGAAGGAAGAGAGAGCGAGUAUAUAGGUGCGAGCGCGGCUGCCUUGGUGUUGGAGAGCCCAUACACCAACGAGGCGCUAUGCGGGCACGGUAGAAAAGUAAAGGAGGAAAGAAACGGCGAGCGCGGGGAGGCCUCGAAAAAUGGCCGCGCGCCACCGCUGCCAAAGUACGGGUAAUCUUGUGCUCCCGGUGAUCCGCAGCCGAGGCCACGGUGUAGCUGGCCCGGCCCUUCGGCUCCUCGGCUGACCUCCGCGGUGUGUGUAACACACUCCAUUGUGCCCUCGACCGUGUGUGGCUUUGGCCGAGUUAGUGUCGCGCAUACGUAUACAUACAUAUAUAUAUAUAGGAGGCGUGCGGGAGUCUCGGGUGUGUUUUCGGAGCUCCUGCCGCAUCACACGUGCUAUCAUCGCUUCUUCGUCCUGCCGAGGAGUGCGUGUACGGUUUGAACUUUUCGAGCCCCGAGCUUUUUUGCGGGGCCUGGUUGUCGCGACGAUUAUGAAGUCGUUGUCGUCGGGCAUGGCUUUGCCAGUGUGCUAUUGUUGUUGUCAGUGUUGAAGGGUACAGGGGGGGAAGGAAAAAAGGAAUAACAAGUUGCGUGGGGCAGGAAAGCCGGAAGGAAGAUGAGGAAGGGCUUUGGGGUGAUGAUGCUCGGCGGCUACGGCUGCCUGGCGCUCCUCUGUUUACUCUUUGCCUCGGCGACGCUCGUACAGGGGUUGAAGUGUCACUGCGACAUUUGCUCGGAAACCAACAACACUUGCGAAACAGAUGGCUACUGUUUUGCCAGCACGAGUUUGGACAAGGAUGUCAUUACUUACGCAUACAGGUGUUACAACAAGAGGAACUUUUUCCCGGACCCAAAGUACUCGGUCUGGUGCAGAAGCAGCGACAGCGACGUUCUACACGGGCUGACGGGCAAUCGUUUCGUCGUGUCAUGCUGCGACAACGCGGAUUACUGCAAUCGCGAUAUCAGGAUGACCGUGCCGCCUGUACUUAUAACACCCUCGACGGAACGCCUCCAAGGAGCUGCAGGUGGUCACGGCGCGACGUGGGAAACUUGGCGCAUGGCCCUGACGAUAGCCAUGCCGGUCUGUGUGGUCUGCAUCGUCGUGAUGAUAGUGUACAACGUGCGGGCUUCGAGGAGGAGGCCAGCGGGACGUCACUUUCCCGACGACUCGCUCGAGGCCCCGGAUCGCCCGAUCCUCGACGGCGUCACGAUCAAGGACAUGCUCGAGCUCACGACCAGCGGCAGUGGAUCAGGAGUCGGUCUACCGCUCCUGGUGCAACGGAGCAUAGCGCGGCAAAUCCAGUUGGUCGAGACGAUCGGCAAGGGCCGGUUCGGCGAGGUGUGGCGGGGCCGCUGGCGAGGCGAGAACGUCGCCGUCAAGAUAUUCAGCUCGCGGGAGGAGCGCUCCUGGUUCCGGGAGGCCGAGAUCUACCAGACGGUCAUGCUGCGCCACGACAACAUACUCGGCUUCAUCGCGGCGGAUAACAAAGACAAUGGCACGUGGACGCAGCUCUGGCUGAUAACGGACUACCACGAGAAGGGCUCGCUCUUCGAUUACCUGAACCGCUCGACCGUAGAUACGAACGGCAUGAUCCGCAUGGCUCUGUCCAUCGCGACGGGUCUGGCCCACCUGCAUAUGGAGAUUGUGGGCACGCAGGGGAAGCCGGCCAUCGCCCACCGGGACCUCAAGUCCAAGAACAUCCUCGUCAAGACAAACGGCACCUGCGCCAUCGGUGACCUCGGGCUGGCCGUGCGCCACGACGUCAUCAACGACAAGGUCGACAUAUCGAUCAACAACCGGGUUGGCACCAAGCGAUACAUGGCACCGGAGGUGCUCGAGGAGACCAUCAACCAGAACCACUUUGACUCGUUCAAGCGGGCGGACGUCUACGCCCUUGGGCUGAUCUUCUGGGAAAUAGCCAGGCGGUGCAACGUCGGUGGCAUCCACGACGAUUACCAGUUGCCGUUUUACGACGUCGUGCCCUCCGAUCCGACGAUCGAGGAGAUGCGCAAGGUCGUCUGUACCGACAGGCAGAGGCCCUCCAUCCCCAACAGGUGGAUGUCCAUCGACGCUCUGCACGUUAUGUCCAAAGUCAUGAAGGAGUGCUGGUACCACAACGCGGCGGCCCGAUUGACGGCCCUGAGGAUCAAAAAGUCUCUGGCCAAUUACAACGCCAUCGAGGACAUGAAGUGAAAAGUACGCGCGUCUCUUUCUCCCGUUGAAUUUUGCCGCGCGAAGGGCUCGAGUGUCUACAUAAUACACGCACCGAAGACUGAGUACACGUUAAGUAAAACCCAAGCAAUGACGUUCCUCUUUGGUGUAAUUGACCGAUUGGAAGGAGGAAAAUUCGACAAACGGACCGACCCUACUGUGAAUCUUCGUUUCGAGAUUUUCUUCUUUUUUUUUAACUGUCAGGGAAUGUCGUUGGACCCGAUUCUCUUGGCACUGUGAUCGAGGAAACAGAUUCUUCAUUGUAAAUAUUUUGCGUUGUGUAAAAAACCUUCUUUUUUUUCUUCUUUUUCGUGAAACUUGUGUAAUACUCUACGUGAAAAUGGUUAAAGCAUCGAUUUUCAGUGUUCUUACCAAUGUCAGAACGAUGCCGGUAGUUUGUUACGGUAUCUCGCGACUUCCUGUUUUAGGAGCAGCACUAAAGGAACGAUUUUCACUUGUUGACUUUUUUAUACGAACAUUUUUAACCGACAAAACAAGGAAAUAUUGAGUCUGACUAAGUAAAAUGCACACGAUGAUCCGAAAUCGGUAGCAGUCCUAGUUUGAGUUGUGUUGCGGUGAUGUCAUGACCUCACGCUUGUCGAGCUACGUUUUACUGUAAAUUUAUAUGAAUUAUACAAUUCAGCUGAGGAGGUAGGCUUUGCUAUGCAAUAGAUAUCAGAUAUGUAAAAUCUUUGUGAGGACUUUUUUUUCUAAAACCACGUAAAAAGCUCUCCUUUGGAUCUUGUAAGGUGAUUUUCAUACGUCAGGAGUGUAGAAAGGCUGAUAUUAUUGACAGGUGCUAAGUGACGAGGAAAUUAUAGAAAAAUAAUUAUCUAUACUGUCAAUGUAAAAUGCUGUGGAAUUAUAUUACUAAAGUUAAAUAGUAAAGACGAAAAGAAAACGAGGAAAAUGAUAAAAUGUGUGUGUACAGGACUUUCCCGCAUAAAUGAUGUAUUUUUGUAUCAUUUUGUAAACCAAUUCUUCCGUUUACAUAUAAAACUGUAGCUCUGGAUAUGAAAAAAAAAAAAAAACUCUACCUCCGGGUCCAGCUGUGUUUUGCCUACUACUUCUCGCGGAUCAUACAACUCAACACGAAGACUGACACACGUGUGUAACACUUGUACGUAUACGUUGAGGUACGUAAAUUUAUCGAUCGUAGUUAGUUUUGAUGCGAACAAACGUUGAGACAGUACUUUUCAAAGUAUCUUUACAAAACAUCGAAGCAAUGCAAUAUUCUUAUUUUUCUUUGUAUUUCUGAGACUUUUAAAAACUCGAAACAUAUACAAAUUUUAUAAAUGAAUUACAUUUUUGAAAGAAAAAAUUGAACAAUGCAAAGACGGCUAUUGAGACGUUUGUUCUUUAGAUUUCAUACAUUCCUGUACAAAAUACGUAGGUUAAUUUUUAUACGUAAAAUAUAAUCCAUCACACCGCAGUAAAGUUGACAUUACAUUUAGGAAUAUACCUGUACAAUAAAAA